AUGGAUGACAUAGUGGACUAUUUCGAAGAGUUCAUCAAAAAGUCCCUGGUCGUCAUUUCCCUGGGACUAGGGACGCUUAUCUUGAUGAUCAUGUACGUGUUCAAAAUGUUAGCCGAUAGACCAAACGGCCCACGCGCCCUCUGUAAUGCAGAUCCCGAACUUAACCGGAGCAAAGCUUCAGUCCUAUCUGAAGGCAAACGCUCUCACACGCGUUGCAGAUCCUGCAAUUCAAUUAAUUCAGAACCGAAGAAUGUAAAUUCCUGUAUAUCUAAUCCAGAUAAAUCGAGUUCACUGUGUUCGAAUCCAAAUAAAUCGAGUUCAGUUUGUUCGAAUCCGGAUAAAUCGAGUUCAGUUUAUUCAAAUCCGAAUAAAUCUUGUUCGGUUUGUUCGAAUACGAAUAAGUCGAGUAUAGAGAGUUCGAAUGCGAAUAAAACAAGUUCAGCUUGCUCGAAUACGAAUAAAACAAGUUCAGUUUGCUCGAAUACGAAUAAAACGAGUUCAGCUUGCUCGAAUACAAAUAAAACUAAUUCAGCUUGCUCGAAUCCGAAUAAAACUAAUUCAGCUUGCUCGAAUCCGAAGAAUUGCCAAACUAUGAAUACAUCGACAAGCAACACCAUUCUUACUGCCAAAACAGCGUCUAUAUCAGCCCAAAUCACAUCGCACCCAAGGUUUGAUAAAAAAACCCUAAGAGAAGUUGGAUUGUCUGGCUGUUCCAAGAUCUGUAGAUCGCGCAGUCGUACAACGGGAAAUUCUGAUACAGAAUGCAGAUCUGGACCGAAUACUAUUGAAAUUACUAAGACUCCAUCUGAGCAAAUGUGCACAACGAAACAUCAUUUAGCCAAUUCUCGACCCUGUACCAGGUACAUAGCAAUAAGAACCUCUUGUUGUUCUAUGUGCUGCGUAGAUGAUGACAGGCGGUGA